GAAACAAAACCCAUAAUCCCAUUGUGUAAAGAAAGAAAGAAAAAAACUUGUUUCUGGCCAAAGUCCAAGUCCUACCGUUUGUUUUUCAAUUUUGGUUUCUUUGUUUUCUUCGUCUCUCCUAGUCUUCUUGUUCUUCUUCUCCCUUUCCGAUCCUUCUCUCUGAGAGACACCAGAGAGAGAGAGAGAGAGAGAGAGAGAGAAGGGAAUGGAGAGCAUAGCAGUGUGGCAAGGGGCAACACUCUGUGGGAUUGUGUUAUGGAUUAUAGUAGCUUCAUAUCUCGAUGUGACUCGAAAGCUUCGAUCUUUUCUGCAACCAUGGGUGGCUCAGCAUGUCACCACAGACACUCCUCUCAUCCUCCAGAUCCAGAAUUACCAGCAUAGGUUCUUGGAUGCUUUCUUCUCUGGCUUGUCCUGUGUUGUUUCUGUGCCCUUUUAUACUGCCUUUCUUCCUUUGCUUUUCUGGAGUGGGCAUGGAAAAUUGGCUAGACAAAUGACCCUGUUGAUGGCUUUCUGUGAUUAUAUGGGGAACUGUAUAAAGGAUGUGGUAUCAGCUCCUAGACCUAGUUGUCCACCUGUUAGAAGAAUAACCGCUACAAAAGAUGAGGAAGAUAAUGCAUUGGAAUAUGGAUUGCCAUCUUCUCACACUCUAAACACAGUUUGCUUGUCCGGAUACCUUUUGCAUUACAUCCUAUCAUAUACUCAGAAUGAAGAUUCCCAUGUUAAGUUUGCUGGAUUCGCUCUUGUUUGCUUGCUUGUGGGUCUCAUUGGUUUAGGAAGGAUUUAUCUCGGCAUGCACAGUGUGGUUGAUAUCAUAGGUGGGCUUGCUAUUGGAUUGGUGAUCCUUAGGUUCUGGCUCAGUGUUCAUGAAUAUGUUGACAAUUUUAUAGUCUUGGGACAAAAUGUUACAUACUUUUGGGCCGCCCUGAGCUUCAUAUUGCUCUUUGCUUAUCCAACUCCUGAAUUUCCAACACCAAGUUUUGAGUACCACACAGCCUUCAAUGGUGUUGCAUUAGGAAUUGUAUCUGGGGUCCAGCAGACAUACCAUCAGUUUCACCAUGAAGCUGUUCCACGUGUAUUUACGUCACAAUUAACAAUCCCUGGCUUUAUGGGAAGAAUGCUUGUGGGGAUACCGACAAUACUUAUUGUGAAGUUCUGCAGUAAAGCUCUUGCUAAAUGGAUUCUUCCAGUGCUAGCUAACACCUUGGGCAUUUCAAUAAAAUCGUCCACUUACAUUGCGUCGCUAAAGGGUUCAAGUAAUGGGAAAAAAUCAGAUGGGUUGAAGCAAUCAGGUUAUGUCCAAAAGCUGUUCUUUUUCUCCAGCCAAGACUCAUUUGAUGUUGAUACUGGUAUACGAUUCCUCCAGUAUGCGGGCCUGGCAUGGUCCGUGGUGGAUCUUGUUCCCUCCCUUUUUGCUCAUUUAAGCUUGUAAUGCUUCAUUAUUCUUAUGAUUAGCAAACACUUUAAAUUUCCCAAUGGAAAUAUGUCCUCAAUUCAAUUUUGUAAAUAGUAUAUACGUUGUAGUAUGAACAUAAAUCGAUUUUGCUUAUUUCCACAGAAACCCUUCUCCAGAUUUAA